UUCCAAAAUUAAUAAAUGGAAAUAAUUAACAUAAGUUUCUUCCAAGUUUCUGAUAUAAAUAAGAAGAGUAGGGUUUCUUCAAAUCGUUCCCUAACUCUUUAUUCCGAUUUGUCGACAAGGUGGUGUUGGAUCCAUAAUUAUAUCAUGGCGACUCGUCUUCAAUAUGAUAACAAUAAUUGCGAAAUUGGUGUAUUUUCCAAACUCACAAAUGCUUAUUGUCUCGUUUCCGCAACAUCUGCCUCCGCAAAUUUAUUCACUGGUUAUGAGUCGAAGUUAAAAGGUGUUAUCCCAAUUGUUACUACUUCCAUAGGAGGAUCUGGUACUAUAGGUAGUCUAUGUGUUGGAAACAAAAACGGGCUUCUUCUGUCUCACACCAUUACAGACCAAGAGCUUCAACAUUUGAGAGAUAGUUUGCCUGAUGAAGUUGUAGUCCAACGAAUUGAGGAACCUAUAUGUGCACUUGGAAACGCUAUAGCUUGCAAUGACUAUGUCGCGCUUGUGCAUCCAAAGCUUGAGAACAACACCGAAGAGAUAAUAAGUGAUGUUCUUGGUGUUGAAGUUUAUCGCCAAACCAUUGCGAAUAACGAACUUGUGGGAAGUUAUUGUUCUUUAUCCAAUAAUGGUGGAAUGGUUCAUUCAAAUACGAAAGUGGAAGAAAUGGUCGAACUAGCGAAUCUUCUUCAGGUGCCUUUGGUUGCAGGAACCAUGAACCGUGGAAGCCAAGUGAUAUCCGCUGGUUUGACUGUGAACGAUUGGACCGCUUUCUGUGGGUCAGACACAACUGCAGUAGAGCUCUCUGUUGUUAACGGUAUCUUCAAACUAGUCCAAUCUCAGCCCGAUUUUGUCGUUAGUGAGAUGAGGAAGUCUUUGAUCGAUACCUAUGUCUAAAUCUUGCUUCUUUUUUUUAUGACUCAGUAUUAAGUAG